GUGACCGUCCGUCGUCGGAGACGGUGGACGCGUACCGCCUACCGGGAGAAGAAGCUUCUAACGAUUGCAUCUAUUCGCGACACCUGGGCACCUUCUAGAAGCUUCCAUUGCUUCGUCUCCCCCGUCCGCAUAGAGUAAACCGCACAUUUCCACCGUCGUGACAACCAGCGCCUCCGCACGACUUCGAUUCUGCAGAUCCCGCUCCCUUGCCAGGUGUAAUCUCCUAUAAAUGCCGUCUCCCUUGCUCCACCUUCUUAUCGUCUCCCCUCUCGACGCUACCCCCCCCCCCCCGGAUCUCUCUUGUGCUCUCUCUUCUCCGGCGAAAUGGGAUACUUCCGGGAAGCCACUGGCAUCCCCGGACCAAGCGGCUUCGGAUCGGCUUCCACCGCUGAGCAAGUCACCGAAGGCAUCGACGCAUCCGGCCUCACCGUCAUCAUCACCGGGGGAAGCAGUGGGAUUGGAGCGGAGACUGCAAGAGUGAUGGCCCUCAGAGGUGCUCAUGUCAUCAUUGGUGCUAGGAACACGGAGGCUGCCGAAAGUGUGAAGCAGAGUAUUCUACAGAACACUCCAUCUGCCAGAAUUGACACUAUACACCUCGAACUUAGCUCACAGAAGUCCGUGCGAGACUUUUCUGACAGAUUUCUUUCGAUGAAUCUACCUCUCAAUAUCUUGAUAAACAAUGCUGGUGUUAUGUACUGCCCAUUCAAGCUUUCAGAGGACGGGAUAGAGAUGCAGUUUGCUACGAAUCAUAUCGGUCACUUUUUGUUGACAAAUCUUCUGCUUCCAAAGAUUAAAAGCACAGCAGAGAAAACAGGGAUUGAAGGUCGUAUCGUGAACUUAUCUUCUGCAGCUCACCUCACAACAUAUAGAGGAGGAAUAAGAUUCAACAAAAUCAACGACAAGGCUGCAUACAAUGAUAAAUUGGCAUAUGGACAGUCCAAAUUGGCAAACAUAUUGCACGCUAAUGAGCUCGCUAGGCGCUUAAAGGAAGAGGGCGUCAAUGUUACGGCAAAUUCUGUUCAUCCUGGACUUAUUAAGACGAACUUGGGGAGACACGCAACUAUCUUUGUUGCCGUGCUAAGAGCUACAACUUGCGUAUUGUGGAAGAGUAUUCCUCAGGGAGCAGCGACUACCUGCUACGUCGCAUUGCAUCCGAGUGUGAAGGGAGUCAGCGGGAAAUACUUUGCUGACUGCAACAUCGAGAAGACAACUGCCAACGGUCGAAAUGAGACAUUAGCAAGAAAGCUUUGGGAGUACAGCGAGACGCUCAUUAAAUCAAAUUAGCUAAAUCGCUAUGUAGUUUGGAUCGUAAUGAAGGAAUGCUUUAUUUAUGUGUUAGUUGAUAUUUGAGUGCUUUAUUUAUGUGUUAGUUGAUAUUUGAGUUUUGGGACAACAGUUACUCUGUUGGUGCCGUUGUAUGGUGUGGACUUUCGACCCCGUAUUGUCCUACUAUUUUUUAUUUAGUAUCUCUUUAUCAAUGUUUAUAGCCAA